AUGGCUCCGCCGCGACAACGAACGGCAGCCGUGCAGGAUGACUCUCGCUCCGAAGCCUCCACCAGCACAAGAGAGCCCAAGGCAAGCACGGCAAAAGGCCGCAAGACGGCUGCUACUUCGUCGGCCCUGAACUCCGUCUCCAGCCGUGAGAUCAAAGCUUCUGCACCUGUUGCCAACGUCACCAGUGCCCCCGCCAACCAAGCCGAGCACGCAGACGAACUGCCAAAGAUUCCCUGGUCCGACAUGCCCCUCGACUUCCUCCACGCCUACCGCCAUGCCUACAAACUCCCCUGCCCCAGUGCCUUCUCCGGCGACUACUCCCAGCUCCUCCUCUCGCAGGGCAUCGGUCUCCGCUCCCCUACCGCCCUCGCCGCACAGCGUGCCCGCCUCCUCCAGCAGCAGAAGCACAAGGAAAAGGACAAGGACAGCGCGAACGACCCGCCCGCCUCGCGCGACUCGGACGGCAAGCCCAGCACAAACGGCGCUAUCACCCGCCACCAUCACCACCGCAAGUCCCAGCACCCGGAACCCGAACCAAUCCUGCACCGCAUCAGCGCCCAGGACCGCGUCAGCAAGAAGGAGCUGGCGACCGCCGUGCGCAAGCAUUUCAACAGCGCCGCGCUCGCGGAGCAGGAGGCCAUCGCCAGGUUUCUGUACAAGGUCCGCGAGGAAGGGAGGGGGCGCCAGUUCCGCUUGCGGUUUCAGCCGUAG